UUUGUGUUUUGGCGUAAUUUACUUCUUAAAUGAAUUUGUGUGAAAAAAGAAGAUGGAAGACGCUCCUCUGCCUCUCUUGACCAUGCCAACAGCUCCUUACAACGAUCAGAAGCCAGGAACCAGUGGAUUAUGGAAGAAGACCUUUUAUUUUGAAUCCAAGACAAACUAUUUGCAGAAUUUUAUCCAGAGUAUAUUUUUUUCCAUAGACCUAAGAGAUCGACAAGGAUCUUCUAUGGUCGUUGGAGGUGAUGGGCGAUACUUUAAUAAGUCUGCAGUGGAAUUGAUAGUCCAAAUGGCUGCUGCCAAUGGGAUUGGCCGCCUGGUCAUCGGGCAGAAUGGAAUUCUCUCCACCCCAGCGGUGUCCUGCAUCAUCAGGAAAAUCAAAGCCAUCGGAGGCAUCAUUCUGACGGCCAGCCACAACCCCGGGGGGCCCAAUGGGGAUUUUGGCAUUAAAUUCAAUAUUGCCAACGGAGGUCCUGCUCCUGAAGGUAUCACGGACAAAAUUUUCCAAAUCAGCAAGAAGAUCGAAGAGUAUGCCAUCUGCCCAGAUCUCCAGGUGGACCUGAGCACCAUUGGGAAACAGCAGUUUGACUUGGAGAACAAAUUUAAACCGUUUACAGUGGAAAUUGUGGACUCUGUAGAAGCUUAUGCCAAUAUGCUGAGGAACAUCUUUGACUUCAGUGCAUUAAAGGAGCUGCUUUCGGGGAAAAACCAGCUCAAGAUUCGCAUAGAUGCUAUGCACGGAGUUGUGGGCCCUUACGUGAAAAAGAUCCUGUGUGAGGAGCUCGGAGCCCCGGCAAAUUCGGCGGUGAACUGCACCCCACUAGAGGACUUCGGUGGCCACCAUCCCGACCCCAACCUAACCUACGCUGCUGACCUGGUCCAGACCAUGAAGACGGGAGAGUACGACUUCGGAGCCGCCUUCGAUGGAGACGGGGAUCGCAACAUGAUUCUCGGGAAGCACGGCUUCUUUGUGAACCCCUCCGACUCCGUUGCCGUCAUCGCCGCCAAUAUUUUCAGUAUCCCGUACUUCCAGCAGACCGGAGUGCGUGGCUUUGCCCGGAGCAUGCCCACCAGCGGGGCUCUCGAUAGGGUGGCCCAUGCUACGAAGAUUGCUUUGUACGAAACUCCAACUGGCUGGAAGUUCUUUGGAAACUUGAUGGAUGCAAACAAACUGUCUCUGUGUGGAGAGGAAAGUUUUGGCACUGGCUCCGACCACAUCCGCGAGAAGGACGGGCUGUGGGCUGUCCUGGCCUGGCUCUCCAUCCUCGCCGCCCGCAAGCAGAGCGUGGAGGACAUCAUGAAGGAUCACUGGCAGAAGUACGGCAGGAACUUCUUCACCAGGUACGACUACGAAGAGGUGGACGCCGAUGCAGCCAACAAAAUGAUGAAGGAUUUGGAGACGGUGAUGUUUGACCGCUCCUUUGUGGGGAAGCAGCUGUCAUGUGGUGACAAAGUCUACACGGUCGAGAAAGCUGAUAAUUUCGAGUACAACGACCCGGUGGAUGGGAGCGUCUCCAGAAACCAGGGCCUGCGGCUCAUCUUCUCGGAUGGCUCCCGCAUCAUCUUCAGGCUAAGCGGCACCGGCAGCGCGGGAGCGACUGUGCGGCUCUACAUCGACAGCUACGAGAAGGAUGCUCAGAAGAUACACGAAGACCCGCAGGUCAUGUUGGCUCCUCUCAUUUCUAUUGCACUGAAACUUUCACAGCUUCAUGAAAGAACCGGCCGCACCGGUCCGACCGUCAUAACGUAAAGGUUUGGUCAGCCACCGAGCUGGAGUGCACAGCCUCCCCUUCUGUCGUCCAGUCUGUCCCUGAAGAGCAGUGUGAAUUUCCUCUCUGUAUUUAAGAACACUACGGAACUGGGAAGGAUAGAGAAUAAACCCUGCCCCUGUCAGCACUUGGUGUGCACGUUGCUGUGCUGCUUUCCUGCCUCCCGCAGCCCUGCUGGCCAUUUGCCUAUGGUGCUCCUUAGCACGGCCUUUCCCUUUAGCAUAUGUACUUAUUUUUUUGGGUUUUCUUAAACAAAAGGCUCUAGAAAUCACAAAGAGACUCAAUUCUUCAAUACUACAGAGCCUUUUUUCUGUCUUGGAAGCCUUCCUGGAAGAGAAGCACAAAUCCUUUAUCCUUGUCACUACACAGUCUUUUUAGCGUGAUGUCGCUGAAUAAGCGCUGACUGCGUAUUCAGGCUGAGUAGUUUUUGCUUAUGUGGAUUUUUCCCUUCCAAAACAAAUUAUGUAAAUUGAUUUCCGUUUUCCUUCUGUAGAAGAAAAGUCCCACACCAAACCCUCCACACCGAAAUGAGCAGUAGCAGGCGUUGCAGGAUAUUAAAGCGGUACGGGCUAC